GGUAUUUUCCAAGCGUCCCUUCGCUCGUACACAAAUUGUGCUGCGAAGGAAACAUGGCGGCGAUCAUGCAGUUGGUGGUGGAGCACGGUGAGAUAGCUGAGCUGCCCAGAGCCACCCGGGAUAAAUUAGAGAAGAUUCUCUGCGAGAAGCAAUCCGAGAUAGACUCUCUUAAAUCGCGCCAUGAGCGAUUCAAGGUGGACAGUGAGCAACAAAACUUUGAAGCUGAGAGGCAUCUGGCUCAGUCUCGGGAUCAGCUCUUGUCCCAAACCCAGGAGAAUCACAAGCUCAAAGAAGAUCUCGCCAAGAUAAAUGAAAAUAUGAGGAUUCUAAGGGAUAAAGAAAAAGAAAGUGAAUCUCUGCAAGAGAAACUGUCACUACAAGAGUCCGAAUUCGUGAAAACGAAGUGUGGGCUUGAAUCUGAAAAACAAGAACUCGUUCGAAUGCUUGAGAAGAGAUGCCAGGAAGUGGAACACCUUGGUGAGGAUUUGAAAAGGGUGAGUGACAAAUUUGCAGAGACCAAUUCAACAAAGAUGGAGCUCCAGUUGAAGCUGGAUGAGCUUCAGUCGUCUGAGGUUUCCUUCAAGUACAGGGAGAAGAGAAUGGAACAGGAGAAAGAGCUUCUGUUGAGCCAAAACUCGUGGCUGAACACCGAGCUGAAGGAAAAACGUGAGGAACUGCUCUCUCUAUCCCGGGGGAAGGGCAGCGAGAUCCUUGAACUGAAGUGUAACCUGGAAAGCAAGGAAGACGAGGUCAUCAAGCUUCAAAGCCAAGUGACUGCCCUGAAAACAUCAAGGGAGAACUUGCAGAAGCAAGCAGAGGACUUGAUUAGCAAGCUGAAAGACGAGAAAGAGAAACAGGCGUCGAUGGAGGAGAAAUUUCGGAACGAACUGAACGCACAGAUUAAGCUCUGCGACUUGUACAAGAGCGCAGCAGCAGACUCUGAAUUAAAGAGUGACGAGCUCAGCCAAGCCAUUAAGGAGCUGCAGAGGCUCCUGUUGGAGGCAGGGGAUGCUAACAAAGGUGUGGAGGCAAGGCUGCUGGAAAUGGGGAAGUCUAAAGAUAAGCUGGAGGCUGAACUGAAGGAAAAGAUCCAGGGUUUGCAGAAAGAGCUGGAAAACGCCAAUGAUUUACUGUCUGACCCCAAGUGUGCAGGAACAGCAUCACUCACAGAACAGCUGACCACGAUGUCCCCGACUGCGGCACUGGUCUCAAAGAUGAUUAAGCCCGGCAUGAAAAUAACAGAGGUGUACAGCGCUUACAUGGAGACUCACGAGCAGCUGCAGCUGGAGCGCAUGGAAAACAAGAGGGUGAACCAGUACCUGGACGAGAUCCUGAAGGAGGUGGAGGCCAAGGUGCCCAUGCUGAAGCGCCAGCGCGAUGAACACGAGCGAGUUCAGAAGUCCGUGACCAGCUUAUCUUCUAGGCUGGAGCAGGCCAUGAAGGAAAUCCAUCGUCUGCAGAAAGAGCGGGAUGAGGCCAGCAAGCACUCCUCCGUUUUGGAAAGGGACAAUCAGAGGGUUGAACUGCAGCUCACUGACUUGUCACAGCAGGUCCGUGUGCUGCUGAUUGAGCUGGAGGAAGCACGCGGGAAUCACGUCGUGCACAAUGAUGAGGACGCCGGCUCCACCGACGUCAGCAGCACCUCGGAGGUCAUCUCCCAGCACCUGGUGACAUUCCGCAGCGUCGAGGAGCUUCAGCAGCAGAACCAGCGUCUUCUGGUGGCGCUCAGGGAGUUGGGAGAAGCGAAGGAGCAGGAGGAGGUGGAAACGACCUCUUCGAGGGUGGCGGAGCUCGAGGUUAAUCUGGAGAAGGCGCAGCGCGAGCUGGUCGACCUGCAGGAGCAGCGCCGCCACCAAAUGCAGCUGGUGGAGUCCAUCGUCCGGCAGCGGGACACGUACCGGGUCCUUCUGACCCAGACCACGGGGGUCAGCUUCCCAGUCCAGGAAACCGCCGCCACCGAGUCGCUGUCUCUGACCUCCGCGCCCCGACGCUUGCCAGCGGUGACUCCCACCAUGGCCACGCCCCUGCAGGCCGCCGGGGGCGGGGCUGAGUCCUCAGAGCUUGCAGAGGCCAGAGCUGCUCUUAAACAGCUGCAAGAAGCAUUUAACACGUACAAGAACGAGAAGGCUGAGGGCGAGAGGCUCCUUGGAGGUCAGACUGAGAAGCUGCUGGAGCAGGUGUCUGAACUGCGCUCCCAGAACGCCAAGACAUCCACCCAGCUGGAGUUCGCCUCCAAGCGGUAUGAGAUGCUGCAGGACAAUGUGGAUGGGUACCGGCGUGAGAUCGCCUCGCUGCGGGAUACCAACCAGAAGGUGACCUCUGCCAACCAGAAACACGAGCAGGUCAUUCAUACAUUGACUGAGGACUUGAGGGAGGCCAAAGAGAAGCUGACUGUGGCCGAUAACCGUCAUGAGGACCUCAAGAAGGAGAGAGACACAUUAAAGAUGGUGGAGGCACAGUUGUGUCGGGAGAAGGAGUCCAUGCUGGCCGAGCAGCGUGGACAAAAUCUGCUUCUGACCAACCUGCAGUCCAUCCAAGCAACUCUGGAAAAGGCAGACUUGGAGACCAGGCAGCGGCUCAACAACCAGAUCGAGAAGCAGGAGCGAGAGAUCACCCAGCUGCAAAAGAAGCUGGAGCACGAGGUGGAGCAGCGCCACCUGCUGGCUCGCAACCAAGAUCUGCAGCUGAUGGAUGCAAGGAAGCAGCUGGAGGUGCAGACUGCCAUGCACCAGAAGACCAAGGAGCAGCUGAGAAACGCCGAGCAGGAGAUCAGCACUGUUCGUGAGCAGCUCUGCAGUGUCGAGAAGCGGGAAAUCUCCAUCCUCUCACCGGGAAGCCACAAAGGGCUACUGGUGCCCAAUCGUGAUGUGGAGGAACUUCAGAGGCAGCACCAGCAGGCAGAGGAGCGGGCUAAGGAUCUAGAGGAACGCCUGAACACCACUAAUGCCAACAUGGAGCAGUAUAGGGCCAUGAUCCUCAGUCUGGAAGAGGCGCUUGAUAAAGAGAAGCAGGUCACUCAGCAGGCCAGUUCUACCAUCGAGAUCCGCUUGAAAGAGUCUGGGGAGUACCAGAGGCGGCUGGAAGAGAAGCUGGAACAGGCCGAGAAGGAGAAGCAGAACCUGCUGGAGGAAAAGAGGAAAGCGACCGGGGGCAUGGAGGAGCAGAUGGUUGAGCUAAGGAGAGAUCUGAGCAAACUUCAGGUGGAGCUCCAGGAAGCCGUACAGAGGGCAGCCCUGUUAGAAACCCACCAGCAGCAGGCCGUUGAGGACAGCCAGCAGCAGGCUAAACUCGCUGCAGAGGCUCAGGAAAAAUACGAGCAGGAGAUGAUUCUGCACGCGGCAGAUGUGGAAGCCCUCCAGGCUGUGAAGAACCAGGCCCGGCAGCUUUCCCAGAUGCGCGAGCAGCUGGAGGAGAAGGCACUUAAGGCUAGCACACAGCUGCUCGAGGCUCGUGUGUCUUGGGAGGAACAAGAAAAAAUACUCAAGGAGGAGGUAUCCAAUCUGACGUCUCGUACAGAAGAUUUGCAGAAGCAGAACGAUCUGCUUCACGAGCAGAUUGAGAACCUGAGCAGCAAGUUGGCUGCCUCUGUCAAGCAGGCCGCCCAGGGGAGUCUGCUUGACCUCUCCCUGACUGAAGAGGGCAAGUCCCAGGACCAAAUUCUCGAGAUUUUGAGGUUUGUACGAAGAGAGAAGGAGAUUGCCGAAGCCAGAUUUGAAGUUUCUCAGGUGGACAGCUUGCGCCACAGACAGAGGGUGGAGCACCUGGAGAGGGAGCUGAAGGAGGUGCAGGAUAGCCUACAUGCAGAGCGUGCUAAAGUUCAGGUAACUUUGAAAACCUUGGCGCAGCAUGAUGAGUUGAUGAAAAAGACGGAGACCAUGAACGUCCUUGUGGACACCAACAAGAUGCUAAGGGAGGAGAAGGAGAAGCUUGAUCAAGAUCUUCAGCGGGCACUUGACAAGGUGCACACACUAGAGGCACAGAUCGUGCCCCUGAAGGAGUCUAACGCAGAGUUAAGUGAGAAGAGUGGCGUCUUGCAGUCUGAGAAGAAACUUCUGGAGAUGGACAUCAAGCGCUGGAAGGCUCGGACACAGGAGCUGAUAAGCCAGCAGAAGGACGCUGAUCCUGAGGAGUACAAGAAGUUGAACGCUGAGAAGGAAGCUCACCUGAAACGCAUCCAGCAGCUGUUGGAAGACUCAAGCAGGCUGAAGACUGAAAUCAACAGGGUCAAUGCAUCCAUAACCGCCAUGCAGAGCCAGGUGCAAAACCUGCAGGACAAUUUAGGCAAGGUGACUGUGGAGAGGGAUGAGUUAAGGAAGCGUCUGGAUGCUAAAGACCUCGAAAUGCAAGAGAAGGUCAAGACCAUAGUGCAAGUGAAGAAGAUCGGCAGGCGAUAUAAAACCCAGUACGAGGAGCUCAAGGUCCAACACGACCAGCUGGUUGCCGAGGCAGCUACCCAGCCAAUGCUGGAGCCAGAGACUGAGCAGGCCUCGGUCCAGGAGAUCCAGACCUUGAAAGAAACCGUCAGUCAAGCGGAAACUAAAACCAAGGAGCUUGAGGGCCAAGUGGAGAACCUGCAGAAGGUGGCAGGUGAACGAGAGGCAGAGGCGCGGAGCUUCCAGGAGCAGGUGAGCAAGCUGCAGCCUGAUCUGGUCCGCCUCAGGCAGGAGCUGCAGGAGCGUGCCACCCAGGAGGAGCAGCUGCGGCAGCAGAUGGCGGAGAAGGAGGAGAAGACCAAGAAGGUCAUCCUGGGGGCCAAGCAGAAGAUCAGCCAGCUCGUAGGUGCCAAGGAGCAGCUGUUGAAGGAGAUGGAGGAGCUGAAGCUGCAGAGGGAAGAGCUGGAGGUACGUUUGGGGGCACUGAAAUCCCAGUACGAGGGCCGCCUUUGCCGGCAGGAGCGGGAGCUGAGGGAGCUGCGAGGCCAGCAGGAGCGGCACGGCGAGCCGAGGGACGAGAACCCGGAGCAGGGCUCCAGCAAGGCCCAGGAGCAGCAGAGGCCAGCCGAUAGGGGAAGCGCCAACGUUUCGGAGCCUCCCACGGCAAACAUUAAGCCGACGCCCCUAGUGGCCACCCCCAGCAAGCCCCCACCCAUCCCUGGAAACAAGUCCACCCCCAGGGCUAGCAUCCGGCCCAUGAUCACUCCGGCUACCGUGCCAACCCCGACUCCGACGGCCACCGUCAUGCCCACCACUCAGGUGGACACGCAGGAAGCAGCACAGCCGUCCGAGGGUCCAGUGGAGCACGUCACUGUCUUCGGCAGCGCCAGCGGGUCUGUGCGCUCCACCAGCCCCAACGUCCAGAACACACUGCCGCAGCCCCUCUUAAGCAUGCAGCCACAGCAGCAGAUUCAGCAGACCCCUCAGACGCAGGCCACCGCCUUCGUCCAGCCCACACAGCAGACCCUGGUUUCCCUGGAGGUCGUCGCUCAAGAACCAGCUUCAUCCACGGUGGAGGCGAUGGCCGGUCCCUCGGUGGAGAGGCCCUCCACCUCCACUAUGGUCUUCGGUACAGUUUCAGCCACGCCGGGCAGCACCAUCCCCAAGAGGGUACGUGAGGAGGAUCUGGAGGGAGCUUCUGACGGCACUGACACCAGGCAGGAGGAAACGAUGGAGCUCCCCACCCCUAAGAAGCCCCGGAUCAUCCAGAGAGUGGGCCCUGAAGAAGAAGUACUGAUAGAUGAAGGCAUGGUGGAUGAAGUUGAGGUUCCGAUGGAGAAUCGUGAGGCUUCGGAUGCUGGCCAGGUACCUACGGAGGUGGAGUACCCCAUGCUGGAGGACGGGGACGAGCAGGACGGUGGCUGUUCACAGGCCGUCCCCGUGGACCAACCCACAGAGGCUCAGGUCUGCCCACAGGACCCAGUGGAAGAACAGCAUGAUGUCAUUGUCAUCGUCUCGGACACUGACAGUGAGGAGGACGAGGAGGAAGAGGAAGAGGAGGAAGAGGAACAGCAGGACUAUGAGGAGGAGGAGGAGGAGGAUGAUGAGGAUGAUGAUGAAGACGAUGACGACGAUGACGACGAUGGGACUGGCAUGGGUGAUGGUGGAGAAGAGAGCAAUGGAGAGAGCGGCAGCGGGGGGGGGUGCGGUGAGCCGUACCAGGGAGACGAUCUGGAGGGGACUGAGACCAAUGACCCCGGCAUGGAGAACGAGGAGAUCCUGGGGGCUGGGGACUCCAUCCAAAGGCUGCCCGAGACCCAGAUGUCCAGUGGAGAAGGAAGCAACAGCAACAUGGAGCCCUUUCCUAUGGAGUCCCAGCCAGAGCAGCAGCUGAAUGUUGACCGGCAGGUGCCCCGCCCACCUCGGUCGCCACGGAGACCAUCUCACACCCUGCCCCCCCGACUCAAUAUCCAGGUCCCCCUUGCCCAGGAACUUGGGCCACCCCCGCAGCGCAUUCCCAUUAGACGUCAGUUCCCUGGGGGGCGAGGGACACAGGGCGUCCCUCCGGUCAGCAGCAACGCGCAGCCCUGCUUCAAUGAGGAGGACCGGAUGGUUCCCAGCACCCCCACGCUGAUGCUCCCUCGCCGCAGUGACAGCUUCGCAGAGGCCAUCCACAGCUCUCCUCAGGUGGCCGGUGUUCCCCGGUUCCGGUUCGGUCCGCCCGAAGACAUGGCCCAGGCUGGCUCGGACCUGGGACAGCUAGCUUCACAAGGAGGCCUAGGAAUGUAUGAUAGUCCCCUCUUCAUGGGGGAACAUGAGGAGUCGGGGGGCCGCAGCGUGCCCACCACCCCGCUACAGGUGGCAGCGCCAGUGACAAUUUUCACAGAGACCAGUCCCUCCGACGGGUCGGAGCAUGCCUCCCAGUCUGUUCCCAUGGCGAGCACGUCCACGGUGGUUCCCCGGGCCCAUGGGAUGCCCAGCCCGAGGGAUGACGUGGACGAGGCGCUCCUAGAGACGGAGAGUGACGGAACCGGUGCUCAGUCUAGCAUGGAAGCCGAGAGACAGACAGAGAUGGAAGGACUGGCCCAGCCGUCAGGCAGCGGCAGCCUCUCGUCCAGCAGUCAGGAGCCGCCCUCCAGCUCCUCAGACCCAAGGGGCAGCAGGAGCAGCAGGAGCCAGACCAAACCCUGGAGAGCCCCCCCUGGUCGCCAGCUGCAGCGCUGGAGAGAGCAGAGGGGCAGAGGCUUCCGGAGAGGUGUAAUGGGAAUAAGGGGUCGAUUCGCCAGGUGAAGCCGGAAAUGGAUCUAGCCAUGCUGCCAUUGCCCGAGGCGUGCUGUUCAUAAUAUACUGAAAUCUUGUUUUUGCUUUAGCUGUGUGUUUUAUUGUACUCUUAAGGGUUUCGGAAUAAUCCCUGCAAAGCAAUGUUGUGUUUUUAUUAAAAAAUUAAAAAGUUUAGAA